ACGUUGUCGGACGCUCUAAUUUAACGUAGAACGUAAUCGGUGCAUUUUGCGUAGAGCGGAAUCAGCCAUUUCAAUUCUACGUAAAGCGUUGUAUCUACCCCGAAUUUACCGUAGAACGUAAUUGAUGAAUUGUGCGUGUAGCGUAAUCGGACCUGACCAAAAAACCAACACUUUCCCUGAGGUCCCGUCCGUCUUUUUUUGUUAUCCUCCCCUUCUACACAAUGGAACAAUCUAAUCCACUCGUUCCCAGAGCGUUGUACAACACAAGGGAAUGAUGCCACGGUGCCCUGGACUCGAGAUUGUCUUACCAUCGAUGACGUUUAAGAUGACCAUUGGCCGUCGUGGAACAUCUUGACCAUCUUGCACAGACAACCGCAGGCCUGUCACAGAUGGAGAUUUGAAAUCACAUGACCCACGAGGCCCUAUAGGGUCUAACUAGAUUUUUCUUGGCGGGAACAUCCUCACUCAAGAUGGAGGUCCCGGAGCAGCGCAUCAUCCCCAUCAUCGUGCGGGUGAUGGGAAACUCGGGGCCGGUGUUGUCCCAGUACCGGUCGAACAUCACCCUGUCAGUUUUGGGAAACGACAUGCGUGAGAUCCCGAAGAUCUUGGACCAAUACCUCGGCCUGAAGGAGGUGGCGGGGAAAGUUGGGCUGAAGUGUUUUGAUGUAACCCUGGCCAGAUAUGACGUUCGGUCUCAGUCCACGUUCACCAUACACACCCAGCAGCAGUUCGAUGUGGAAAUGGGCAUUCUAAAGGAUGCGAAAAGUGAACUUGCCGUGACAGUGAAGGAGAGGAAGGUGUUGCUCACCAACGACAACAGUCGUAUUGUGGUGCAGGUUGGCAACUGUUCGCAGCAUCAAGGAAGACAAGUCUUGUCCAGCAACAAACGGGGUCGAAAGAAGAAAGUAAGCACCUUGGAGGAUGGCUGUCUUCUUGAUGCCAUCAAAAACGGCCGCCCCAUCGUCAGGAACCAGAGACAGGCGGAAGAGUUUAAGAAGUUAACUGAUGGGCUAGCUGAAAUGAAUAGCACAGCCAACAACGAACUGCUGGCGAAAUGCGGAUCCUGCCACCAACCCAUCAAACUCCCUACAGAUCGUACCUGGAAAGGACGAGUCAAGUUUUUCAAGCUUCACUAUGAGAAGUGCAGGGAGCGGCAGAGGUCUUCGGAGAAGGGAAAGCAGCUGAUCAGCGACAGCAGGAAUGCCAUGGCCUCCUGGCUCCGGAACGCACCAGCAUCCUCCAGUUCCUCCUCCUCCGCUGGUCCAGAGAUGCCUUCUCCUGAGUUCCCUGACCUCGACAAUACGAACAUUCCAGACUUAGAUACCAUGUAAGACCAUAUUACAAAGCUAUGUACA